CAGUGACUACUGAGGAAAGGGUUUCAAAUUUACUGCAAAUUAUGAGGUGGGGAGUUUUUAUAAUUAAUAAUAACUAUUAUAUAAUUAGCCCGGUAGCACAGGACAGCAUUCCCGAGGCCAUGGAACAGUAAUUUGGGUGGUUAUCUGAAAGAAAUACACACAGCCUAGAAUGACUACAGAUAUAAUGGCAGAGAACAAUUCCCAAAACACCUAUCCUAUAAUCAGCACUACUGCAGAUGAACAAAAACUGGAUAAUCUAACCAACUGCUUCAAUAUCACUUUGAAUGACGGCACUCUCCGGGUCCCGCUAGCUGUCUUCUACUCACUCUUCUUCCUGUUUGGAUUAUUUGGCAACCUGCUAGCCCUGUGGGUGUUCCUGCGACUACACUCCAAGAAGAAUUCAGUGCGCAUCUUCCUCAUUAACCUGGCUUUGGCGGAUUUGGUCCUCAUGAUCUGCCUGCCCUUCCGUGUAGUCUACCAUGUCAAUAAUGAUAGCUGGAGCUUGCAUCCUGUGUUCUGCAGGGUAGUAGGCAAUGUUUUCUACAUGAACAUGUAUGUAAGCAUUUUUCUGCUGGGGGUUAUUAGCAUAGAUCGAUAUGUGAAGCUGCAGAGGGUCUCGAGCAAGCAGAGGUUCCUCAGCAGGAAGCAGAGUAUUAUCACAUGUUGCCUCCUCUGGGUAACGGCUGCUGUCUUCAUAAUACCUCUAAUUGCCUUUGGUGGAGAUCGUACACCAUCCACAAUGUGUUUCCAGUACAAAAACUUGAGAAAUGCCAAAUGGAAGGGUUACUUAAACAUUGGUGUUGUAGUUAUUUUCUGGGUGGUCUAUGCCACUCUAGUAACCUCUUAUGGGAAGAUAGCAAUGGGGCUGCUUCAGAUCUCUAAGGAGAAGCCAGACUUUCCAAAUGCGGCCAAUUACAGCAGGACAGCUCGGAACUCCUUCUUUGUCCUCUUUCUCUUCACCUUGUGCUUUGUUCCCUAUCACUUGGUGAGGAUCUUCUAUAUCUACUCACAGAUUACAGAUGUUUCGUGUCGGUGGGUUCAGUUAUUGGAUAAGAUGAAUGAGUUAUCUCUGCUGUUGUCUGCGUUUAACAGCUGUCUGGAUCCAGUCAUGUACUUUGUGCUAUGUGGCUCAGUGCGCAGGACGGUCCUGCAGGCACUGCAAAUAAACUGCUGCCCGAAGAUGUCUGGCUACAGCAGCUCCAGCUACGAGAAGGGAAGAAGCCAAAGGGAGCAGGGUACACAAAGCGAUACCAGCACGGUGUAAAGAGAGACAUGUCAUUCAUAUCAAUCAUCCAAAUACAUGACUGUAAAUACAGACAAUAGCUAUUCCACUCUGGUUCACUUAUUAACUCUGACGUAGCUUGGAAAUCUGUUAUUGUUAUCUUAAAUGAUCAUCAUCUUUCAAUGUACAUGAACAAUUGCUAAAUAUUAGAUACUAAUGUCAACAUCUAUACAAAGAAUUGCAGUAUUUCCAUUUUGUUCAUUGUUUUUGUGGUUCUUCCCUGUUAUUCAAACCAGUUUUUCCUUCUGACUCAAAGCUGAAAACAGCCAACCAAACUAACUUAACUAUUUUGAGUGGAAACAUAUAACUUUGUAGAAAACUACUGAGUGAAAUAAUGCAUUAAACUUUAAGUAUAUUUGAAGACCUACAUCAACACUGCUGAUGCAUAAGCAAUGCUACCAUGCAUUAUGACCAAAAAUAGCAGCUGAAACCAGACAAUAAAUAAAAGCUGCAUAUAGGGCACCAUCUACUGUCAAAAUAAUUAAACUAUGGACAAACAGUUCCAUAAUAGAGUUUAGUGUUAUACAAGCAAAAUCCAGGUCAGAGUGCAUGCAGAGUUAAAUGGCAACUUAUCAAGUGCUAAGA